AUGGAAAAUGGAGAAUCAAUUGCUGAUUUCUUGUCCAGAGCAGUGGCAAUUGUCAACAAAAUUCGAUCAUGUGGCGAGAAGGUUACUGAUCAAACAAUUGUGGAAAAGAUACCGCGAAGCUUGACUCCAAAAUUUGAUCAUGUAGUCGCUGCUAUAGAAGAGUCUAAGGAUCUAUCAGUUUUUUCCUUUGAUGAACUGAUGGGAUCUCUUCAAGCCCAUGAGGCGAGACUCAAUCGAUCUAUUGAAAAAAAUGAAGAUAAAGCAUUCCUAUCGAGGAAGCAACAACCAAAUAUGGUGAGAACAAUGGUCCAGCACGCAGAGGUCGAGGAAGAGGAGAAUUUUGUAGUGGUCGUGGUCAUGGGUAUGGAAGAGGUAGAGGAAGGAAUGGUGGGCAUAGGCAGUCCAAUGAGCAAAGUAACACAAAGAAUGGCAUUCAAUGUCAUCAUUAUCUGCGCUACGGGCACCAAAUCUUUGUUCCCGGAGCUAGAUGAGAAGCAAAAGGAAAAGGUGCAGCUUGGCAACACAAAAGAGAUGCAGGUUGAAGGAAAAGGUACCGUUGGUAUUAAUACUAGCCACGACAAAGUAAAAAUGUUCGACAACGUUCAAUUUGUACCUGACUUAGGAUACAAUUUGUUGAGUGUUGGACCACUAAUGUCUGAUGAACAUUCUCUUUGGUUUGAUGACGAUGCUUGUGUCAUUACAAACAAGAAAUUAGGCAAAAAGGUUCGCAUCACUAUGACACCAAAGAAGCUGUUUCCGCUGGAUGUUUCUAACAUGGAAUGUUUUGCACUUACUGCAAGUGCAAAGGAUGAGUCAAAGUUGUGGCAUUUGAGUCGCAUGAGUUGGGUCUAUAUUUUAGAAACCAAAUCAGAAACAUUUCAAAAAUUCAAGUACUUCAAAGCCCAGGUUGAGAAGCAAAUUGGUCUGUGCAUAAAAACUUUUCACACAGAUAGAGGUGGCGGAUUCUUGUUCAAGGUUUUUAAUCUCUUUUGUGAGGAAAAUGGCAUUAACAAGGAACUGACAACACCUUAUACUCCGGAGCAAAAUCGUGUUGCUGAGUGA